UAUAAAAAACUUCGAUAGAAAACUUUUUUUUACAUCUUCUGACACUUCUUUGUUUAUUGUGAUUUACUAGUAUGAUUUCAAAGGGUAUUUUGACAAUAUGUGGUGGAGUUUUGAUUCAUCUUUCAUUGGGAACAUUGUAUACGUUCGGUAAUAUGAGUCCUUAUAUAACAUCUUACUUGCGGUAUGAAGAAUCGGAUACUUCUGUUGAUUCUACAAUGGCUAUGUGGAUAUUGGCUGUACAAGUGAUUGGGCAGGGCUUUUUCAUGACAGUUGGCGGUGCAAUGCAUGAUAAGAUUGGUGCGCGUUUGACAUGUGCAAUUGGAGGAACUAUUUUGAGUUUUGGUGUUGUUAUGACAUAUUUUUCUAUCCAGAAGUCAUUUGUGGCUGUCAUUUUCACAUACGGACUCCUUUUUGGAAUCGGUAUUGGAAUUUCAUAUGCCAUACCAAUUAACUGUGCAAUGAAAUGGUUUCCAUCUCAUAAAGGUCUUAUAACUGGUAUCAUUGUAUCUGGAUUUGGGGCUGGUGCUUUUAUUUUUGAUCAAGUCCAAACAGCAUUCAUUAAUCCUAAUAAUUUGAAAGCAAAUGUGACUGUAGGUCCUAAUAAUGAGAAAUAUUUUAAUCAACCUGAACUAUUGGAUAAUGUUCCGAAAGUGUUUAUUUUACUUGGAUGUGUUUAUGCUACAAUGAAUAUUCUUGGUUCAUUUACUCUCAAAAAACCACAACCGGAACAUCAACAGCCUUCUGUUUAUUCAAGUCUGAUAAGGAACUCCGACGAUUAUGAAGAAACCCAGAAUGACGCUAUUAAAGACAAAAGACCGCUGGAAAUGUUAAAAACAAGAGAAUUUUGGACGCUUUGGUUCAUGUUCCUCAUUAACAGUGAAUCUGUUCAAUUUAUAUCUUCAUUAUAUAAAGCUUAUGGUCAGACUUUCAUUUCGAAUGAUCGUUUUCUCGCUAUUGUUGGAUCUUUUGCUUCAGUAUUCAACGGUUUAGGAAGGAUAUUUUGGGGCUACCUUGCUGAUAGAAUUAGCUUCAGGCGAACAAUGAUCAUCCAAUGUUUAUUAAUGGCAUUUCUCUUCAUGACUUUGACGUUGACCGAAAAAGCUGGAAAAUCGCUGUAUUUCAUCUGGGUUUGUCUCAUGUUUGGAACAUUCUCCGGGAAUUUUGCUCUGUUUCCAAUAGCAACGGUGAAAACAUUUGGACAGAAAUAUUUCACAGUCAAUUAUGGAUUGAUGUUUACAUCGCAGAUUUUUUCUGGGGUAAUGGGAGCAUUACUGGCACAGAACCUCAGUGAUAAGCUUGGAUGGUUUGGAUUGUUCUCUUUAGUCGCUGGUUUCUCAGUACUAUGUUUAUUUUUGACCUUUUCAUUUGAUGCAAAGAAACCAAAUGGGGAAGAUAUUUAACAAUUGAAUUAAUAUGUCUAUAAAUUGUAAUUAUCUAAAACUGAAGUCUAGUUCUUAUGUAUCUCAAUCAUCAGCCAUAUUGACGCUGUCGGUGGUGACAGGUGAUAAAUAACUUCCUUGUUAUUUGAAUAACUUUUUCACUUACCAAAAUAUAUGAGUAUUGGGCUACAGUUAUGAGAAUCUAGUAGUUCGUAGUAUAAAAGGUUUGAUAGACAAAAAUUGUAAAUGAAUGAACCUUGGUGAAAUAUGUUUUAAUAUGAAUUUUGUACAUAACUAAUUAUAUUAGAAAUGAUAUUUUUAUAUUAAAGAGAAUAGUU